AUGUCACGAACUUCGAACUUGGAGUUCGUUCGAGAUCCGAACCUUGUACAUUCCUCAUCUUGCAAUCUACCAUUACGAACCCGAACUCAGAAGAUCCUGCCCUGCUCCCCUCAGAAGAACCCUAACAACCACCAAAUCGGACCGCUUCCUCAAACCCCAGUCAACUUACCAUCAUCAAGUCUGAUGAUGUGCGAAUCGAAAUCAUCAAGCCACUUGCACCUUGCUCACAAAUUUGGUUCAGUUCUGGGCUCAAUCAAUGCAGGGCUGCAGAUCCACCCAAGCACGAGUUCAACUUCCAACGUACUACAUGCUCAUACCCAUCUUGGAUUCAGACAAUCAGCGGGUUGGGGUUUCUUGUCCCCUUCCCACAAUGAACAAUGGUACUGCCCCAAUGUGCUCGAUUUUGACCUGCUUGCCAAGUUCAGAAACAAAGAAAAUCCUUCCAAACCUCAUAUUUCGAUUCAUUCAAAGACCCCACAUCCCGAGUUGACCUUAAUCCGUUUCCUCUAUCGGCUCGCACACCCUGCCCAACCAUCAAUCACAGAAUGGUCAAAGAUUGUUGCUGCAUCUGUUGAAUUGAUGGCCGACAAUCUUUACGCUCCACCAGCCCCCAUCACUGACAACGACGACCAACUUGUGCAAGGUGUACAGCCUGCCCCCCGAGCUUCUUCUGGCAAUGUUCUUCACGAAUUCCGUAGUGUCAUUCUUGAUGUUUACGCAGCAUACAUCAUCUUUCAAACUCACGCACUCAGCCAGGCACCAUUGUCCCAAACCAAGAAGAAGGCCAAAUCCUGCAACUGCCGCAAUUCUGCUCAACCUGCUGCCGGGGCCAUCACUAACUCCCCAGGAGAUUCUUCUGAGUUGGCUAAGGUUUGA